UUCUGCAUCGGUCAAGAACUAGCGCGGAUCCCACGAUAGCCACGUGAGGUGCACGUCUGAAGCCCACACAGCUCAGGUACAACCUUGCGUUUGUUGACUCGAGCUGACAGCAUCGACGUUUUGUUGCUUGCCUGUAUGUUAUUCAGCGGCGACGUUCAAAACUCCUAAGGGUUAACUUACCGAAGCUACGUGGCUGCCUGCGAUCCUGGUGGAGAACUCUCAUGUCAUCUCGGGUGCGGCUGAAUGCCAUUGAGGGGCACAUAAAAGGUGUUAGUGUCGCUCCGUCUUCAUGAGAGCUCACUUGGGAUUGUCCGAGUGUCUCAGAAAAAGCUCAAUUGCUUACGAAGAGCAGUCUUCCAAAAUGUCGGCAGAACUUGAGCAAGCACUCGCCCAAGGCGUCAAAGAUGGCAAAGUGCCUCAUGCUAUCGUGUAUGCCACGACGAAGGAUGGGAGCUUCACAUACAACCAUGCCACAGGCUACCAACACUUCGGCAAAGACGAAGAGCAAAUCCAGGAAGAUGCACUCCUCAUGCUGGCAUCCGCAUCCAAGCUGCUCACAGUGAUCUCAGCGCUCAAGGCAGUCGAGUUAGGCUUCAUCGGUUUGGACGAUGAUGUUACUCCUCACUUGCCAGAACUCGGCUCGAAGCAGAUUCUCACCGGAUUCGACGACAGCGACAAGCCGAUCUACAAAGAUCGCAAGAAUCCAGUAACUCUGCGCCAGCUCCUGUUACAUUCCUCUGGACACACGUACGGGUUUCAUCCGAAUAUCAUGAAAUACGAAGCAUCGAGAGGAAAAGCACCGGGCGCGUAUGCCUUGCAAGCGACAAUUCCUGAGCGUUACGACACGCCACUCGCCUUUGAACCUGGCACAAGCUGGUCAUACUCGCCAGGAUUGGACUGGACCGGGCUUCUGAUUCAUCGCUUGACAGGCCUGACAUUAGACGAAUUCGAGAAGAAACAUUUCUGGGACCCUCUUGGCAUCUCAGAUAUCACCUUCUGGCCGGGUGAGGAACGAAAGAAGUCAAAGGUUCCUCAACUUGCAGUCCGAGGUGCUGAUGGAAAGCUGGCGCCAUCUGAUGAGGACACAAUCAACACUCAUUCGACAGAGUGCUUCGGAGGCCACGGAGCCUACGCGUCGAUGGCAGACUAUCUCAAAGUUCUGCACUCUUUGCUGAGAAAUGAUGGAAAAUUGCUGAAGCCCGAAAGUGUCGAUGAGCUGUUCAGACCGCAGCUAGGAGACGAUUCGAAAGCGGCACUCAAUUUCUUCGUCAAGCAGGCCCAUACCAUGCUUCCUGGAGAGUGGAAUCCUGAAAUCCCUACCGAUUACGCCUUGGGAGGAAUCGUGUUCUUGGAGGAUGAUGUCGGUAGGAGAAAGAAAGGGACCUUGGCCUGGAGUGGUCUUUUCAACCCCGUCUGGUAUAUCGAUAGGGAAAGUGAGCUGGCGUUCUGCUUUGGAACGCAGGUUCUUCCACCUGGCGAUGCUGGGUGUAAGGAGAUAUCGGGAUUGGCGGAAAAGGCGGUAUACAAGAUGGCCGGUAAGGCGUGAGCCCCAAUAGAUUUAGAUAGCUCAGUGCAAAAUCCAGUUGGCCAUCUUGUUCAGGCUGGAAGUCCUUGUGUUCCACUAAAGAUUCGUGAACCAGUGAUGCGGAUGCGGUAAGCGUGAAUGCGGACAAGUCCAGCCGUACGUAUGGCCUGGAGCCGGCGUAACAACAUUCCGGUCAUGUCGGGACAUAGAAUCGC